AACUUUGGCUGUUAGCAAAAGCAUGCAUUGCUCCCUUUCCUUUCUCUUCCUUCCCUCUCAUAUCUAAUGUUCAAAUCUCAAAUUAAACUCUCACUGCUCAGAGAACAAACAUAGCAUAGCAUCAUGCGAGAAACCAUGCUUCUGUCUCUCUUUCUGUUUUUGUCUGUCUUUCUCUCUCCUACACCCACUCUCUCUCUAAAUCAAGAGGGACUCUUCCUCCUUCAAGCCAAACACCAACUCUCCGAUCCUUCCAAUUCCCUCUCUGAUUGGAACCACCGUGACGCCACCCCAUGCAACUGGUCAGCCGUCACCUGCCAGGUCGGCACCGGCGAUGUCAUUUCCCUCAACCUCUCCAACCUCCAGCUCUCCGGUCCCUUCCCCACCGCCCUCUGCCGCCUCCCCUCUCUCUCCUCUCUCUCUCUGUCCUACAACAACCUCAACUCCACCCUCUCCGCCACCUCCCUUGCCGCAUGCACCACCCUCCGCCACCUCGAUCUCUCCCAGAACAUCCUCUCCGGCACCAUCCCCUCCACAAUCUCCCAACUCCCCUCCCUUCUCACCCUGGACCUCUCCUUCAACAACUUCUCCGGCCAAAUUCCGACAACUGUCGGCCUUUUCCGCCGUCUCGAAUUUCUCUCCCUUGUUAAUAACCUUCUCAACGGAACCAUACCCAGUUCCCUCGGAAACAUUUCCUCGCUGAAAACGCUUCACCUCGCUUACAACAACUUUUUCUCCGCGGGUCCCAUUCCGAGCGAGUUAGGGAACCUCACCAACCUCGAGGAACUUUGGCUCGCGCAAUGCAACCUUGUGGGCCCCAUUCCUCCUUCUCUGGGAAAGUUGACUCGCCUUUCGAACCUUGACUUGUCACAGAACAAGCUCACCGGGAACAUACAGGAAUCGCUCGCGUCCGGGUUGCGUAGCAUUGUGCAAAUCGAGCUCUACCAGAACUCUCUCUCCGGCGAGUUGCCACGCUCCGGGUUCUCCAACCUUACUCAGUUGGAACGAUUCGAUGUCUCUACAAAUGAGUUGACUGGGACGAUUCCUGAGGAAUUGUGCGGGUUGAAGAGGCUUGGGUCUCUGAAUUUGUUCGCUAAUAAACUCGAGGGUUCUCUGCCGGAGAGCAUAGUAAGGUCGGAGAACUUGUACGAGCUUAAAUUGUUCAACAACACGCUUAGUGGGUCGUUGCCGAGUGGUUUGGGUGGUAACUCGAUGUUGCAGAGUCUUGACGUUUCGUAUAACAGGUUUUCCGGCGAUAUUCCGGCGAUUUUGUGCCGUGGGGGAGGGUUGCAGGAGCUGGUGCUGAUUUACAAUUCGUUUACCGGGAAAAUCCCGGAGAGUCUCGGGAAAUGCACGAGCUUGACGAGGGUUCGGCUUAGGAACAAUAACCUUUCUGGGGUUGUUCCUGAUGGCGUUUGGGGUUUGCCUCAUCUGUAUUUACUCGAGCUUGCUGAAAAUUCUCUUUCUGGGUCAAUUUCUAAUUCGAUUUCCGGGGCACAUAACAUGUCAAUUUUGUUACUUUCGAGGAACCAGUUUUCUGGGUCGAUUCCUGAGGCAAUUGGGUCGGUGGUUAAUCUUCUGGAGUUUGUUGCUAACGAUAAUAAACUUAGUGGUCGGAUUCCGACAAGUAUUGUUAAGCUGAAUCAGUUGGAUAGGCUUGUUCUAAGUGAUAACCAGCUUUCUGGAGAUCUUCCUAGCCGAAUUGGUGGUUGGAAGAAGCUCAAUGAACUUGCUUUAGCAAAUAAUAGACUUAAUGGAAAUGUUCCUAAUGAGAUAGGAGCCCUGCCAGUGCUUAAUUAUCUUGAUCUUUCUGGCAAUUGUUUUUCUGGUGAUAUUCCAAUUGAGCUGCAGAAUUUGAAGCUUAAUUUGUUGAAUUUGUCAAACAAUCAGCUUUCUGGGGCAAUCCCUCCUCUUUAUGCCAAUGAGAAUUAUAGAAAGAGUUUUCUUGGAAAUCCAGGUCUGUGUAGGGAUCUCUCUGGGCUAUGUCCAAGCUUGGGUGAGAGUAAGAGCAGGAAGUACGUGUGGAUCUUCCGGUUCAUAUUUGUACUUGCUGGGAUUGUGUUAAUUGUUGGGGUGGUUUGGUUUUACUUCAAAUUCCGGGACUUCAAGAAGUUGAAAAAGGGAUUUAACAUUUCAAAGUGGAGGUCGUUUCAUAAGCUGGGCUUUAGUGAGUUUGAGAUUGUUACAUUGCUGAGUGAAGAUAAUGUAAUAGGAAGUGGUGCAUCUGGGAAGGUCUACAAAGUUGCACUGAGUAAUGGAGAGGUGGUGGCGGUGAAGAAAUUGUGGGGAACAACUAAGAUGGAAAAUGGACCUGUUGGGUCUGAAAAGGAUGGAUUUGAAGCUGAAGUUGAAACAUUGGGAAAGAUACGGCACAAGAAUAUUGUGAGAUUAUGGUGUUGCUGCCACAGUGGGGAUAGCAAACUCCUAGUCUAUGAAUACAUGCCAAAUGGGAGCCUUGCUGAUUUGUUGCAGAGUAGCAAGAAAAACUUGUUGGAUUGGCCAACAAGAUAUAAAAUCGCUAUUGAUGCUGCUGAGGGGCUUUCUUAUUUGCAUCAUGAUUGUGUACCCCCUAUUGUUCAUAGGGAUGUCAAAUCUAGCAACAUCUUGCUAGAUGGUGAAUUUGGAGCAAAAGUUGCCGAUUUUGGAGUUGCCAAAAUUAUUAGGGGAGUCAACCAAGGGCCAGAAUCUAUGUCUGUGAUUGCCGGAUCUUAUGGUUACAUUGCACCAGAAUACGCUUAUACUCUUAGGGUGAAUGAGAAGAGUGAUAUUUAUAGCUUUGGUGUUGUAAUUUUGGAGUUGGUAACUGGGAAACCCCCUCUUGAUCCAGAGUACGGGGAAAAGGAUCUAGUAAAAUGGGUUUCCUCAACAUUGGAUCAAAAAGGACAGGAUCAGGUGAUUGAUCCCACUCUUGAUUUUCAAUACAGGGAAGAAAUCAUCAAGGUACUCAGUGUGGGGCUUCUUUGCACCACUUCUCUUCCUAUAACUCGCCCUUCAAUGCGUAGAGUGGUGAAAAUGCUGAAGGAAGUAACUGCAGUUUCCAAAUCCAAGAGUGGAAAACUCUCUCCUUAUUAUCAAGAAGAGGCCUCUGAUAAUGAUCAUCAGGGAACCUUAGUUUGAGCUAGUACGUGCUGAAAAUUGAAAUAAUCACCUUCAAUUUUCAGUUCAGCUCUGUUACUUAAAAAUUAGUUCUUGUUUAGGCAAAUAGUACUUGAAACAGCAAUUGUAAGAAAUUGUAAUAGAUUUUCCAAUUUCAAUCAUGUCAUUGUCUUAAUCCCAGCUAAAAAUGGUAUAAAUCAAAAUCCCAGCAGAAUAUCUGUUCUACUUUGCUUUUAACUAUAAUAUUUUAGCAGGAAAUCGUUAUCUGCAAAUAUUUAUCC